AUGUACAUCCUUCUGUUAGUAAGUUUCGCGUACGCGGAAGACCUGAUCCCAGGCCAGGAGGAUUCCGUCCAAGUGACACGGGUCAGACACGAAAACGGCACGGUCGCAAGGACAGUGAUCAUUCCGAAGGUCUCGGACGGUUGGGUCUCAAACAAUUUCGUCUUUGUCAGCGACUCCUCUGGAACACGGCCUCCUACCAUAGACAAACCGGUGAGGAGAAGAAAGAAGAAGAAGAAACCAGCUGAAACGAAUUCCUCUCAGAUCAUAGACUACAAAGAUCCAAAAUUGGAAACCGAAUGCGGGGGAAGGGGACAAAUCAACGGUGCUAUUUUCAAAGGAGGCUCUCAGGAAGGCGCAUGCAGUUUCUCAAUUGAAAAACUGCCGUGCGCAAAGCAGAUCCGCUUCGAUUUCAUCAAUCUUGAGCUGGAUCCACCCCUUGACGGCACAUGUAUGAACGAGCGGCUUCUCAUAAACGGGCAGAAUCGAAACAGCAUCGUUCCAGUUAUAUGCGGGACUAACACAGGCCAGCACGUUUACGCCGACGUUGAUGAGGUCCCAGGACCUGUAAUGAUCACGGUGAUAUCACCUAUAAAGAAAGAAUUCAGGAUCAAGGUGAGCCAGAUUUGCGACGGACAUGUACUUGCAGCACCCAAGAACUGCCUCCAGUAUUUCACAGAACCGGCGGGGAUGUUUGAAUCGUUCAAUUACGCUCCUCCUCCAUCAACGACUACAUAUUUGAACAAUCUAAAUUAUGCGAUUUGCAUUAAAAAAGGAUUAGCAAGCUGUUCCAUUGUGUACAACAACGUUGCCGAAGGGGGCGAAGAAUAUGUGUUUGAAAUCAAUAACCUCGACAUAGACGGAUCUUUGACCGUUCCUCCGGGUCAGGCUGGGGCCGAAGUCUUCAAUUGUCCUGACGACUAUAUUUCCGUGGCGAGCGUCCGGCUCUGCGGUCAGAAGCUGAACGACGCCACUUCGCAGUUGGACUUCACGCAAAAUUUCCCUGUCACCGACAAAUCAAGCGGACCUUUCAUAGUCACUUUCGUCACCAACGGAAUGACCGCCGGACGGGGAUUUCGUAUCCGAUAUAGCCAAGAGCAAUGCUGAUCUCUUCUGACAUUCCUUGUAUAUAGAACCAAUUUAUUUAUUAACAAACGUAUAAUUUAUAUAAAUAAAAGUUUUCACGGAAAUGAGGACU